AUGAGCAAGAAUAAUUUUCCUUUUGAACAAUUUGCAAAUUGGACACUAUAUCCAAGUAAUCAAAAUACUUUAACACAAUCAGAAAAUCAAACAAUAACCGUUUCUGAUGGUGUAAUAAUCAAAGCUAAAAGUAUAUUUGUUGAGAGAGUUUAUCAGAUUUUUAAUCAUGUUCAUCCAACAUUAAUUAUUGAUACAAAAUCAGUAGCAUACAUUUGUUUAUUACUAGCACGCCUAUUUUUUGAGUUAAUUGAAACUCGCCCUUCAACCCGAGAAGACAUUGAAAAUCGAAUCAAUAACAUUUUUACACCAACAAUGUGUCAUUGGGCAAAAAAACAUAUACAAACAGACAAAAUUACCAAAUAUAAAAAUGGUAAAAAAUUAGCACAAGAUAAAUCAUUAGAAUCAAAAACAAGAUUUGAAUUAUUUCAAAAAAUAUCUAGACUUUCUAAAGAAAAUUUAGGUUAUAAAAUUCCUGAAACAGCAUCAUUAUUAAUAUUAUCUAUUGUGGAGUAUGUAGCACAUGAUGUAUUACAAUGGGGUGGUAGUUUUGCAAAAAAUAUUGAAAGUACCAAACAUAUUGUUAAAAAUGGAAAAAGAAUGUUAGAUUAUAAUAAUCUUAAAACGGCAAUUAAAGCUGAUGCCAAUUUUAGUGAUUUUCAGGCAUAUUUAUUAAGAAAUUGUAAAGAUGAUGAAACAUUAUUAAUACCUUUUGAAAAUCAAUCAAAAGAUAAAGAUUUUGAAUUAUUUGAUAUUGUUAAAGCAGAAGAAAUGUGUUAUGAUAAAGUUUUAAAAAGUAUGGUUGAAGAUAUUUCAAGAUAUAUUAGAGAUUUAAAUUUAUUAUUAAAUGUUUUUAAACGUAAUAUGGAGACAGGAUUUUCUCAUUAUAAAUUAGAAAAUGAUUAUAUUAAAAAUUGUUUUGGUAAUAUUGAGGAAAUAUAUAAUUUAACUCUUAAAGUUCAAGGAGUAUUAGAAGAUUCUUUUGAAAUGUUAAAUAUGUAUAAUGUGGGACAAGGUCUUAUUGAAUAUGUUGAAGGACUUGAUUUUAAUUGUUAUUAUGAUUAUGUUAAUAUUUUUCAAGUACCAGCAGAUUUUUUUGAUGAUAUGAUAAAGGAUAAAAAUUUGCAACAAUAUUAUGAUCGUGAAGAUCAAAUGUAUCGUAAUACCCCAAAUGGUACACCAUUUCGUCUUGCAAUAAGAUAUAUCUUACCUGAAUUAUUAAAAUCUCCAAUAAAAUAUUUUUUUCGGUUCAUUGAACAAAUAAAUUUAUUAUGGAAAUUUUCAAUGUCAGAUGAAGAUGAAAAUGAUUUAGGUUCAUGUAAAAGUAUACUUAUAGGUUUAGGUACACAAAUUGAAAUGCAAGCAUCAAGAAUGAUUAAUUUUAAUUUAAAAAAUGAUAUUCAAAUUGCUAAAACAACACCAUUAAGUGAUAAUAAAAUUAUGCUUCAUAAAAAAGAUAUGAUAAUGCGUGAUAUACAAAGUAAAAUUGAAGGAUGGCAGGGGGCAAAUAUUGUUGCUACAUCAACUAGAUAUAUACAUGAAGGUGUACUUAUGAAAAUUAGACAUAAUGGAAGUAGUGUAACUGAAACAAUUAAAGGGAAAUUUGGUAGUGCUGAACGAUAUGUGUUUCUUUUUGAUCAAACAAUUAUAAUAACUAAAAAAUUAAAUCAACCAAAAACAAAUAAUACUACAAUUAGUGUUGCACCAACAGAUAGUAAUAUUGAAUAUAAAUUUAAAGAUCAAAUAAAAUUAAAAACAUCUGAUAUUGUUGAUUUAGAGGAUAAUGAUGAAUUUAGUAAUGCUUUUAAAGUAACAUCAUAUUCAAGUUGUAAUAAUCAUGAUGGUAUGGUUUCAUCAAUACUUAUACUUGCUGCAAGAUCAAAAGAAGAAAAAGAAAAAUGGAUGUUUUCUUUUGCUGAUGCAUUAUCAUCAACAUUACUUGAUCGUAUAUUAGAUGCAUUUUUAAAAGAAGAAUCUAUAAGAAUUCCACUUUAUUUUCCUGAUCCAAAAAUAUAUAAAUUUGCUGAACCAAAUAGAGAAGAUAAUAUACAAUUUGAAGAUUAUACACAUUCAAAUGGUGCACAUGUUGUUAAAAAUGCUACAUUAACAAAAUUAAUUGAAAGAUUAACAUAUCAUAAAUAUCAUGAACCAAGUUUUAUGAAAACUUUUCUUACCACAUAUAGAUCAUUUUGUGAACCAAUUGAAUUAUUAAAUUUAUUAAUACAAAGAUUUCAUGUUCCUAUACCAAAUGAAUUAAGUAAUAAGAAUGUUGUUGAAAAAUUAAAAUCAAAUUCAAAAAUUUCUGGUAAUUUAUUUAUUGAACAAGCAUAUAAUCGUUUCAAAAAAGAAUAUCAACGGCCGGUUCAGAUGCGUGUUUUAGUUGUAUUACAGUAUUGGAUAAAAGAUCAUUGGUAUGAUUUUGAAAAUAAUACUAAAAUUAUUGAUAGAAUGAUGGAUUUUCUAGAUGAAAAAUGUUGUGAACAAGCUUUUACCAAACAACAAAAAAGUAUGUGUCAUACAAUUAAAGAUUCUAUUAUUAAGAAAAAAAAAAGUAAUUUUAUACAUGAAAAAAGUUUUGAUAAUGAUGUUGGUGAAAAUGAUUCAUCAUCAAAUUCACCAAUUGCCUCCUCUCCAGGAAUAAAUAAAACACAACAUUUAUGGCAUACAACAAAAAAAGAUGACAUCAAUGAGUAUGGUUUAUUAACAUUACAUCCUGUUGAAAUUGCAAGACAAUUAACAAUAAUUCAAGCUGAAUUAUAUAAAGCAGUUAAACCUAUUGAAUUAUGUAAUGUGGCAUGGACUAAAGAUGAUAAACAAAAAAGAAGUCCUCAACUUUUAAAACUUAUUCAACAAUCAACACAAUUAACAUAUUGGAUUCAAUGGUGUAUUGUUCAUGAAAAAUCAUUAGAGGAUCGGGUUGCAAUGUAUUCUAGAGUUCUUGAAAUUAUAUGUGUAUUGGAGGAACUUAAUAAUUUUACAGGUGUUGUAGCACUUUUUUCAGCAUUAAAUGCCAGUCCAAUUUAUAGAUUAAUUCAUACAAGACAGAGAGUUGAUAAAGAAAAAAUUGCAGCAUAUGAAAGAUUUAAAAAACUUUGUGAUCCACAUUGGGUUGAAAUGACACAACGUUUAAAAACAGUUGAUCCACCAGUUAUUCCAUUUUUUGGUAUAUACCUAACAAGAAUUGUCUUUUUUGAAGAAGGUAAUAAAACAUUUAUAAAAAGAAAAAAAAAUACUGUAAAUGGAAGUGAGGAUGAUAAAAAGGAUAACAAUGAUGAAAAUAAAACUUCUGAUAAUAAUAAUUGUGGUGAUCAAUUAAUUUCAUUUUUAAAAUGUAGAAAAAUUGCUUCAUUAAUAAGAGAUAUACAAAUGUAUCAAGAUAAACCAUAUGAUUUAGUUCCUGAACCAACAAUAAAGUUAUUUUUUGAAACAAUUGAUAUUAUUGGAAAAUUUCCUGAUAUAAAUUCACUUGAAAAUUAUUUAUUUGAACAAUCACAACUUGUAGAACCUAAAGACGUUGAAAAACUGGAGAAUAUUAAGUCAAAUUAUACUUCUGCAACCCUAAAAUCACCAGGAAUAAAAAUACCAAAAAUACCAGCACCAAUACAAGUUUCAUCACCUAAAACAAUGGUUAUGUCAAAUUCACAACCACCACCUUCACCAUCAAUAGCCUCAUCUAUUGGUCAAAGUGAGGAGAAUGAUUUUGCUAUAAUAAAUAUUAAACCUGGUACAUUUCCUAAAUAUCUUGGAGAUGCUCCAACAAAAACAGCAAGAUUAAAUCAAAGAGCACUCAGUAAUAUGAAUCCAUAUCAUCCCAUUCUUGAUGGACCUGAUCAUGUUGAAAUUGAUGAAAGUUAUUUUUGUAGCCCAUCCCCUUCCGCUUAUACUCAAGAUGGUGAAUUUAUUUUUCCACCUGUUGGUUCUGGUUUAACAAAAUCAUUCCCGGUUGAAGUUCCUACAGUUUUUGCACCGAAAAUAAAAGAGAGAAGUAAGGUGGCUAAAUUAAUAGAUACUGUACCGCAAACACCACCACGUAUUAUACCACGAGCUAGUAAAAGUGGGACGAAAUCAAAACGCGAAUCAACUUCCAGUCAACAUUCACCUUUACAAUCAUCGGAUUUAAAUAGUAGUUGUAUUAAGACAGACUCUAAUGAAAGUUUGGUUGAAAGAAUACCAAGUCCAUUAUUAUUUUCUAAUACUAUGAGAUCAAGAGCACCAUCUGUUAUUUCAUGUAAGUCAUGUGGACAAACUUAUGAACCACCAACACCACCAGGUGAACCUGAAGAUAUUAUUUUAAAUACUGAACAAAGAUCUACUGCACGUCGCCCACCAACAUUACCACCAAAAUCAGAAAAAAUUAAAAAACGUAUUCAACAAUUAGCUAAUAAACCACCACCAUUAUUUCCUCGCCGUUCAUCAAUCAUAUCAACAUUAUCAACAUCACCUACCCCUUCAUUUUCAAUGACAGCUUCAACAACAACAAAUAGUGAACGUAUUGAAAAUAUGUUAAUUCCUCCGGCUCUACCACCAAAAACAUAUAAAAAAACAAGAACAGAUUCUACUAGUAGAAGAUAA